AAGUAAGAGUUCCCGCCAGAACUAAGCAGCAAGAAAGACACCGUUAUGGCGUGCACGUCCGCGUCCCCUAGUGUCCGUCUUCGGCAGAGGCGUGUCAGCAAGGAAAGCGUAUGGCCUGCAGCUGCUCCGGGAACCGCAUGGCAGCGAAACAACAUUGGAGGCGGGGACUGUGGGUGGCGGCGGUCGGACACCGGCAGCUGUAGUGCUGAAAGUUAUUGUAAGAAACGGAAACGGAGGAGAGUUACGAUGACGGCCGAGAUCCAACAGUCAGAAAGCAGCAAUGCAGAGGAAGAAGAGGGUACCAGUUUAAAGAAGAGCAGUAGUAGUACUAGUGCCGUCUUCGUGAACCAGAUGCUAAUUAACCAGUUGAAGGAAGUAACUGGUAUCCAUGAUGUUGCACGUCUACAGCAAGCACUUAAGACCAGCAGUGGUGACGUAACACAUGCAGUAAACAUUUUGACAGAUGAACAAGCCAGAAAGCCUAGCCAGGAAGCCAAAGCAACUGAACCCUCAAAUGAAGAAGGAAGUGCUGCAGGUGGAAAAACAAGAACUGGUGUGAUUGAUCUCACACAUGAUGAUAAGGACGAUCUCCAGAAAGCCAUUGCACUUAGUUUACAAGAGUCUGAAAAAGCAGAAGCUGAACAUAGGGCUCUGAACAGGGCACUGGAGGCUAGUGCUGCUGAAAACAAACUGCAGUCAAAGAGAAAGCGUUGUGAGAUGUGGGGUGAGAAUGCCAAUCCUAAUGACUGGAGAAGAACAGACAACUGGCCUGUUGGAUUGAAAAAUGUAGGAAACACCUGUUGGUUUAAUGCUGUAAUACAGUCGCUCUUUCAUCUGCCUGAAUUUCGACGGUUGAUCCUCAACUGCCAGUUUACAAAAAGCAUACUUGAAAGCAACCGGAAUCCCUGUGAAAAAAGAAAUCUUGCCUUCAUGAUGGAACUACGCAGUCUGUUUUCUUUAAUGUUAGCCUCAAAUCGAAAAUUUGUCGAUCCUUCUCCAGCCCUUGGACUUCUGAAAGAUGCCUUUAGAACAACAGAAGCACAGCAGCAGGAUGUGAGUGAAUUCACCCACAAACUUCUGGACUGGCUGGAGGAUGCUUUACAGAUUGCAGCCAAUAUAAACAAUCGCAGGGAGAAGAAUGAAAACCCAAUGGUUCAACUUUUCUAUGGCACUUUCCUUGCUGAAGGCAUUCAUGAUGGUAAGCCUUUUUCGAAUGUGGAAACAUUUGGGCAGUACCCUCUACAAGUGAAUGGCUACUGCAACCUGAAUGAGUGUCUAGAAGGAGCUGUGCUUGAAGGUGAAAUUGAAUCUCUCCAUUCUGAUCAGUCCAGCCAGUCAGGACAAGAGCACUGGUUUACAAAAUUGCCUCCAGUACUGACCUUUGAACUAUCACGGUUUGAAUUCAAUCAAUCCUUGGGACAGCCAGAGAAGAUUCAUAAAAAACUUGAAUUUCCUCAGGUUAUCUACAUGGACAGGUAUCUACAUAAAAAUAAAGAAUUUGUUCGAUCACGGAAGGAGGAGGUCCGGAAGAUGAAAGAGCACUUAAGUGUCUUAAAACACAAAUUAGACAGGUAUAUGAACUAUGGAUCAGGUCCAUACCGGUUCCCAUUGUCUGACAUGUUACAGUAUGUGCUAGAAUUUGCAAGUACCAAGCCAACAUGCGUCCCACCUUCUCCAGACAGGCAAGUUUUCUCACCGCCUCCAGUGCCAGAACUGGACACCCCCCUUCCUAAUGCUGCUUCUCCUGUGCAAGCAAGUUUUUCUGAUGUAGAGAACAGAGGGACUUCUGGAAGUGACUCCUUGGAAACCGUUCCAUCUCCUCAACAAAGUACUGUCGAUCUGUCGGUCAUUGAAACCAAGUUUGAAGAAUUUCCAGCCCAACCAGCUCCACACACCAUUACUCAGGAGGAGCUACAGUUCAUCGAAGGCUGUCUGCAGCGUUGGAGGUCGGAGGUGGAACAUGAUAUAAGGGAGUUGAAGGAAAAUAUCGCCAAGAUUUUGUGUUCCAUAGAGCAGAUUUAUUCUCACCCUGUGCUUUCCCAGGUUCCAUACCAGCUGCAUGCAGUUCUAGUUCAUGAGGGGCAGGCCGUUGCAGGGCAUUACUGGGCCUAUGUCUAUGAUCACAUUCGAAUGUGCUGGAUGAAGUACAAUGAUAUAUCUGUGACAGAAUCGUCUUGGGAUGAGUUGCAACGAGACUCUUAUGGUGGCCAAAAAAAUGCCAGUGCCUACUGCCUAAUGUACAUCAAUAAAAACCUACCUCAUCUAAUUGCAGAACAUACAGAUGCAAACCCUGGACAGGCAGUUGAUGGGAUUCAUGCUCUCCCGCAAGAUUUAAAGUUUUAUGUAGAGGAGGACAAUCUGUACUUCGAACAUGAAGUCGAGGAAUGGUUAGAAGAAGAGUCUUGCAAAAUCCCUGCUGCUACCUCAGAAUCUCAGGAAUUCUCAUCCGGUACUAGUGAAGCACCAGUGUCCCCUAGUUCACAAGCAGCAAGGUCUUUGUCAUCAGAACAUGCAGUGAUAUCGAAGGAGCAAACAGCCCAAGCAAUAGCAAACACUGCAGAAUCAUUUGAAAAGAAUGGAGUUGAAGCUGCCCUGAAUGAUGCACAAGCAGAGGGCAGCGAGAAACAGGAAACACAGGCUGAUACUGAGGUAGCUACAGAAGAGAAAGGCUCUGUAAAUGAAAAAGAAACCGAGACUCAAACUAGCAUUCAGGUCUCUGAGGUGGAGAUUCCUAGUGUUGGCAAGCUCCUGGUACGACAUGAUUCCGAUGGAUAUGAUGAAGAGGUCAUGCUAAGUCCUGCAAUGCAAGGUGUUAUCCUGGCUAUAGCCAAGUCUCGGCAGGCAUUUGAUCGAGAUGGGCCUGAAGCAGGGCUUAUAAAGGCCUUUCAUGAGGAGUAUUCACGACUUUAUCAUCUGGCCAAAGAGGAACCCAUUUCUCACAAUGACCCAAGGCUACAACAUGUGCUAGUUUAUUUCUUCCAGAAUGAGGCUCCCAAGCGAGUGAUUGAACGAACACUUUUGGAGCAGUUUGCGGACAGAAACCUCAGUUAUGAUGAAAGAUCUAUCAGUAUAAUGAAGAUUGCCCGAGCGAGACUCAAGCAAAUUGGGCCUGAAGAUAUGGACAUGGAUGAGUACAAGAGCUGGCAUGAAGACUAUAGCCUUUUCCGAAAAGUGUCUGUGUAUCUGCUGACUGGACUUGAGCACUAUCAGCAUGGAAGAUGCAGGGAAGCUCUCACUUAUUUGGUGUAUGCUUACCAGCAUAAUUCAACACUGCUAAUGAAAGGGCAGAACAGAGGAGUGGAUGAAAACAUAAUAGCAUUAUACAGAAGGAAAUGCCUCCUGGAACUGAAUGAAAAAGCAGCGACAUUGUUUGAAAGUGGCGAUGAUAGUGAUGUGACAGAGGGACUGAACCUUAUGAAUGAGCUGAUCAUUCCAUGCAUGCAUCUGAUGAUAAACAAUGAUAUCUGUCAGCAGGAUCUUGAUGCAAUUGAAGUUUUGAGGAGUCGCUGGUGUUCUUACCUUGGUCAGGAUAUAGAUGAGAAUUUGCAACAAAAACUUAGUGAAUUUCUUCCUCGAAUGCUUGACUGUUCUGCAGAAAUCAUCGUUCUUAAGGAACCUCCAAAAAUUCGUCCAACUUCACCCCAUGAUCUCUGCAGCAGGUUUGCAGCUGUCAUGGAAUCCAUCCACAGUGGUUCAGCCGUCACUGUGACGUAAAAAAUUUGUCUGCAAAGUUCCUGACAGCACUGAACUCCGUGAUUUGUAUUAUGUGCCUGUAGUCAGGCCAGGUGAACUUGUUCUGAAACUCACAAAUCCCAGAACUGAUAGUAAAGCUGAAGGAAUUGGGGUUUGAUUCUCAGUGCUGUGGCAUUAGCUGCUAAGCCCUAGUUUUUUAUGGUGAGAUGUUGAAGCUGACAUUUUAAGAAUUUUUUAGUUGACUGUUGUGGACAUUAACCAGUUAAAUGGAAGCACUGCUGUACCUGGAAAGCUGUAUGGACGUAUACACUUUGCUGUUCACAUAGACUGUUCUUACAGGAGUCAGAGCAGAUUGAGUGGGAACACACCUGUGGAGAAAUAUUUACUGUAUUUGUACAUUUUCACAUAUUGCUCCUUGCACUUGAAAUGGUCUUUUUAGGCUGUGGGAAAUAGGGGGACACAAAACACUAGUGACACAAGCUAUGUAGUUACUUAAAACCACAAGCAAAACUGAUGGGGAUUCUGUGACGUUACAAAAUGCCAGCUGUAUGAUGACCUGCAAAUGUAAAGCCAGGUGUUACAUCUCAGAAAGUAUGCUUUCUGUUACCAAGUAUUUUUAUGUGCAAUCGCUGUGUACAUACAGUUGUCAGACAUGAAAUAAACUAUUUUUGAUUUUUUUAA